AUGACACAAAUCAUCACUGAAAACCUGCGCACAAGUGUACCGCCAGCGGCUCCCAAAAGUCAACGUGUCUGUCGCCAUUUCGCUCGCGGCCGUUGCACGUGGGGGUCCUCCUGCCGUUUCUCACAUGAUGUGGAGCGGGCGGCGGUGGAUGAUGUUCAGGUGAACCAGACCUUCAUCCGCAUUCAGCAGCAGCAACUGCAGAAGGAACGCCAUGCCAUUCUGAAGGCCGCCCUGGACGGGGAGUUUGAGAUCAAACCAUACAGCGCCACGGAUGGUUAUCAGCGGCAUAUGGUUCAGCUUCGUAUCUCAUCCUCGCCCAUUUUCAUUCCACGGCUGUUAUCAGAGGAGGCACUGCAACAGCAGUUAAUAGAACUAGAGGGGAAUGAGCAGCUUCGCAUUGGUGGACUUCUCUUCCUCGUCGGAGAGCCCGCGGUGUUUUGGUCCAUGAUGCAACUCUACUCUGUCCGGCGGACAACAACGAGCGCCAAGUGGGACACGUUGCUGGCAAAUGCAAAACGUGGCUACGUGGAGUGUAUGUUCUUCCGCUCCAUAGUGGGUUGCCUCAGUGUGGACUGCCCCUUCUCGCACAGCACCACACCCACCGUCACCCUAACUACACCGCUGCAGAAUAUGGCCACCAACAACGCUCUCCUCGCACCGCUCCUCGGCUUUGGCGUGGCCUCCACCUCGAAGACAACAGGAAAUACAACAGCCACAGCUGCUGCCACCACAGUGGCAACGACCACAAAUCUCACGAGUGGCAUGUGCCCACCCGUUGAUCCCACACGGCACGUCACGCUCUCUUCGCUCACUAUUGGCAAAGGCGAUGACGCCGUUGUGUUUCGUGAUCCGGUGUGGGGUACAUGCGCCAUCCCGGAGAUCCGGUCGACGACUGAACAGCAGCAACAACAACAAGAGAGUGUUUCCAUCCCAUGGGACAGCAGUGUGCGUGGCCUGGCAGAGACAUUGUGGUAA